CAAGCACGUCACAUUAUUUUGACCUUUCCAAAUGGUUUUCACAUCGAACGAAAAGUGUUACACAUCAAAAGCCACAUGUAUUUAGUUACAACCCGAGCAGUAGCGCGCGCAGUUGACAUCAAAUUAUGUUGUUUUUCUUGCCACAUGUAACGCACGUGUCGCCCGGUUCCAGGAAUUGCAAUACUAUUAACCAUUUCUUUACCGGAGAGCUCAGUGUUGGGACACUGACCAAGCCGAAACUUGUCGAGGAAUAAAAAAACAGGUCAUACAACCGAAUAACUGGACCUUACGAUAAAUAUUCGGAAUAUCUCAUUAUCCCCCGCUAUUUCUUUCAAAGCACGUGAAGAGUAAAUACAUGAUUAUGACCCACACUGCUCCAAUCCGUUAGUCCAUGACGCGUUUGCCAUGCGCCAUCUCCAUGUUUUGACUACUACCACCACCAACAGCAACACAGUGAACCCUGGCAACACACAGCCAUUGCGCUUGCAAUCCCCUCUUCGUUUUUUCAACAAAAUGGCUGAUUUGGGGGAUGAUACCGGAGCGAGAGCCCUGUUGGCCCUCAAAUCCGCUCCUUGUAGCCCGGUGGGUAUAUCGAUCCCGCCCGUGUACGCUCUCUCCUCCUCGAUUUCGCCCAGGAUCACAUCCUCCAUGCCCCUCUCCCCUCCGUCGCAGGCCCUCGCGCGGCUGGAAGGCAGGGACUUCGAGUUCGUCAUGCGCCAGAGGUCGGUGACUGUCGGGCGGAAUUCCUCGCACGGUUCCGUGGAUGUCAACAUGGGCCAUUCCAGCUUCAUAUCCAGAAGACAUUUGCAGAUCGCCUUCGAUGAGCCUCAUUUCUACCUGCGCUGUCUCGGCAAGAACGGCGUGUUUGUCGAUGGCGUUUUUCAGAGGAGAGGCGCACCUCCACUUCUCUUACCGAGGGAGUGCACUUUUCGAUUUCCCAGUACAGUGAUAAAGAUUCAGUUUACAGCGCUUUACCACAAGGAGACACAGAAGGAAGAGGCUCCUGUUUCACCUGUGAGACCCCUUUACCCACAAAUCUCGCCGCUGAAAAUCAGCAUUCCUGAAAAUGACUUCAGAAGUAUGAUGAGUCCCCUGCCUUCACCCACAGGAACUAUUAGUGUUCCCAAUUCCUGUCCAGCGAGUCCUCGUGGAGCUGGAUCUUCAGGAUACCGCUACGGACACAACAUCACCUCAGACCUUCAGCUGGCAGCUGAGUUUGCAGCCAAGGCUGUAUCAGAACAGCGCACUGAAGCCACUGGAGGAGAUAGUCCUAAGGAUGAAUCCAAACCUCCAUACUCGUAUGCUCAGCUGAUAGUUCAGGCCAUCUCGUCUGCACUGGACAGACAGCUAACACUAAGCGGCAUCUACGCUCACAUCACCAAGCAUUAUCCCUACUACAGGACAGCCGACAAGGGUUGGCAGAAUUCCAUCAGACACAACCUGUCUCUGAACCGCUACUUUAUUAAAGUGCCACGCUCACAGGAAGAGCCAGGAAAGGGUUCAUUCUGGCGUGUAGACCCCUCAUCUGAGGCCAAGCUGGUGGAGCAGGCCUUCCGAAAGCGCCGGCAGAGAGGGGUAUCCUGCUUCCGCACACCCUUCGGUCCACUUUCCUCAAGGAGUGCCCCAGCAUCUCCCACCCACUCUGGCCUCCUCUCUCCACAUUCAAGCGGCCUGCAGACCCCUGAGUGUCUGUCUCGGGAAGGGUCACCAGUGUCUCAUGAGCAUGACUUUGGCUCCAAGCUUGCUUCUGUGCCCGAGUACAGAUACUCGCAGAGUGCACCAGGCUCUCCAGUGAGCGCCCACCCUGUAAUCAUGGCCGUACCACCUCAGCCCUCAGCUGUAAUACCCAAGCCUGUGGUUUACAUGCCGGCCUCAAUCAUUAGCUCCUCCCAGGCCUCUGGUCAGGCCAUUCAUGUGGUGCAGCAGGCGCCAGCUGUCACCAUGGUCCGUGUAGUGACCACCUCUACAAACUCCCCCAAUGGCUACAUCCUGGCUAACACCACCACCUCCAGCUCUGGAGAUGGUUUUGGAGAACAGAGAGUUGAUGAGAUGCCUGUGGUUGGCAGUAGAGUUAUUCAGGCUGUAGGAAGUCACAUAAGCUCCACCAAUAGGGGGCAGCAGAGCUACACUGUUGUUCAGAGCGCCAUGCACCAGCUUCCCGUGCAGACGAUUGCUCAGAAUGGCAAACAUGCUCUCCCUAUCACCAGUGUGUCAUCCAGUGCUUACGCUCUUACCAAUCCUCUGCAGAUCUUGGCUGCCCAGGCCUCAACAUCCCCUCCUGUUCUAGUCAACAGGCCUACCAGCAGGGAGGUCGGAGAGUCCGGCAACCAUGAGCCCGAGCCCAAACGGCCCAAAAUGGAGGAGGACGCCGUCGCUCCAGUCCCACAACCUGUUAUUGUUGCAAUGAACCAAGAGGCCAGAGAAUGAAUGAGUGAGUGGAAGAAUCAAUGAUGGAUCUUUAAAGCACGUUCCUCAAUAUCGGGAAAGUGUCUUGUUUUCUUUCAACCGAGAACUUUAUUGAAAACAACAAACCUGAACACGGGUAACUGAAUCGAAUGUUUUGUAUAAAGAGGUUAAAAAUUGUGUUUCAUGGAGUGGGGGUGUAUUGAGCUACAUCUGGAAGCAUUAAAAUUCAGUGCUCACACAGUUUUAAUUUUGUAGGGGUUUUUAAUCUUGUAAAGAAUGUUGGAACGAGUGUCCCUCAAAGGUAUGAAGAGUGGUGCAUGUGUGCCCCAGUAGUUCCUCACAAGGUACAAGUUGAGAAAGUUCUUACUUUUGGGUUGGGGUGGGACCAAUACUUAUGCAGCUAUUACAGUUUGAGAACACGAGUCGCUCCGAAUUGAAGCAGUAUAUAUAUAAAUGGGGGUCACAGGAAGUUGUUACUUCAGUUGCCUGUGCAGCCUUUGUGAGGAUUUAUUUAUCUCUCUGUUCAAAAAGGCUUAGAAAUAUUGAAAUAAGAUUGUUACUACUAAAAAGCACAUAAAGCAUCCUACAGAAUAGAUAUGAAAUAGAUAUAGAAGCCUUUCUAGAUGGAGCUCUUUAACAUACAAUAUUGUAAUGUACUUUUUUUUUUUUUUUUUGGUGGAGGACUCGCUUGCUUGCUUAUUACAAAGAGAAAUGUCUAGAAAAUGCUCAUUUCUAAAUUGGUCUAUAUUUAGCAGGAAAUUAAAAUGAACUCAAUGAAUGUAAGUACCGUUUGUUUAUUUGUUAUGGUUCAUGGCACCCAUUUUUGACCUAAAAAGUUUAUUAAAAAGUUCAAAUGUGUUUGUGGACAAAUUUGUGCUGUUAUGUGUUUUAAGAAAUGAAAUAACUGUAAGUUUAAAGUUAAUUACAUUUAACGUUGCUCAGUUGUAUCUGUCCAUCCCCUUUAGCACUUAGGCUAAAAUUGUGCUUUGUAGAUAUCUUGCGUAGUAACAUGAUCAGGACUGCAUCAGUUGAUGAAAGCAACAAUAAUGCUGGGACGGGCUUAAUGUCAACCAAAUGCUUUUCCAUUUCUAAGACCCAGGAAUGUAACUGUUAAUAUUGAUUGUUGGAGAGGCUGUGAUCCUAUAAAAAAGAUCAUAGAAGCCACUAAAUGAAUGUUCAGUAUUUUUUUCUGAGAAUUCAAGACCUUGCAAUUAUUUGUUCCUUUAAGAAGCUUAUUUUAGUAAUAUACACAAAAGCAGCCUUUAAUGAGACUUUCUAAUUUUACUAAUUGUUAGAAUCAUCAAAAAGGUUUUUUCAAGACAAUCACUAACGGGAUAGUUCAGUAACCGCUCUAUAUUUUGCAAAUGAUAUGCACCACAAAUGUGGAAUAGAACCCUUUCUAAGUAAGCUAAAUGUUAUCGCUAGCUUAUUUGUAUGCUAACGUAGUUGUACAGUGACAGCCGUACAGUGUUCCUUUUGUAGUAGAAAUGGAAAGGAUACUUUAACAGACCAAAUACAUAUCCUCAUUAUUAGUGCCUUAGCGCUCUACUUCUUUCAGGACUCAAAAAUGCAUUGUGAUAUACUAUUUAAAGAAAACAACAUCCAACUUUGAAACUUAAAAAAGUUCAUUUUCAGGUUUGUUGGAAAACAAAGAGAAAAAAAUGAACAGCACACAUCAUUCUGCUAUAUAACUAAACACAGCUGUUUAACUUGACCUAGAAUGUAGGAAUCUAGAAGAAUAGAUAUAAUGUGACUUUUGAUAGAAAUUGACUGAGCAAUACGAUAAAGGUAGACAGGAAAUUAAAUAUUACGAAUUUUUCUUUAUUAUUUGACAGUUUAUGUUUCGCAUCAGUGCUCAUUUGCAGCUCAAGCUGAUUUCCGCACAAUCAAGAGUAAUCUGUAACACAUCUCCAUAAAAAUCCUAGUCUUUUGGAGUACAGCAUUAACAAGGGAUUUAACACUGGGCAUUGAAAAAACACUUGGAAAAGCUUCAGCUUUCUGUGGUUGUAUGAUACAUUCAAAUAUGUAUUAAAGCUGAAUAUAUUUAGAUAUAAUUAUGGCCUUUCAGAGAUUUCUCCUUAUUAGUCAGAUUUGUUAAGGGACACUUUGAUAUGCCACAUCUUACCUAUGUGGGAUUUAAUAAACGAGACCACCACUAUUUCAUUUUAAGUCUGUUCUUUUGUUUCAUAAAUUCAUUAUUUGAUUUAUUUUUUUUUUUUUAUUUGAUUUUUUUGACUGGCCUGUCAAAUAAAAGAAAUGCAUUUUCCAAUGGAAUGUUUUUGUCUCAGCAAGUGAAAAGCUUUAGUGAUUCAAACUCCUUUUAGAUCAUAAUGAAAUUCAAUGGAAUGGCUAAAAAGAAAGAAAACGAAACAACUUCAUUAUCCAUCAUUAUCUUUCAUUCAGAGACAUACAUAGCCUGCAGAAUUAGCUCUCACUGCCUAAAGGUUUUUCAUACAUUUACAAAAAAGUCUGCCACCGUGUCUGUAUGCAUAGAUAACCAUAGAGUAUUUUUGUCACAAAGACAUUCAGAUUUUUUAUUAUUAUUAUUAUUAUUGUUUCCUUUUUGUGUUGUUGCAUAUUAGCAUACGCAAAUGUUUAAACACUAAACCUUUCUAAUUUAAACUGAACUGAUGUACGUUUCCUUCCUCUUUUGAAACGAGUUAAUACGCUGGACAUAUUUUGUUUCUACUGUACACAAAACACCCCCUACUACUACUGCUCAAAAAUGUAUCACCGUGUCCUAUUUUUGUAAGAUCAUGCAGUCCAUAUUUUAAUGUGUAUGAAACUACACAAGGUGUAUGAGGGCUUUUCUUCUGUCAAUGCAGUUAAUGUAAUGGUGUAUCUGGAAAGAAUAAAAAUACUUUUGGCUAAUCUUUUAAAGAA